AUGCCAUCACUCCGCACCCUCGCCGCCCUGGCCGCCGUUCUGGCAACGGCCACCGCCAGCUCCAUCACCUUCACCAACGCCGCCGCCAAAGACAUCUGCUACAUGGCGGAAGUGUCGAGCGGGACCUUUCCCAUGACCACCCCCUGCGGGCUCGGCACCGGCAUCGCGGUGAAAGCGGGCCAAACCACCAGCGUCGCCCUCGACCCCACCUUCAACGGCGCCCUGACCGCCUGGACCGCCGGCGUCCGGGGCGCGCGGUACGAGGUCAACUUCGCCGCCACGGCGGGAUCGACGUGGUACGACGCCGACUACCAACUCGGCAUGAGCGACGGCACCCUCGGACCGUCCGACCACCGCCGGCUCGCCGACGGCCGCCCCUCCGCCUCCGGCGAGCCCGACACCCUCGCCAAAGCCAACGCCGCCUGGCCCCAGACGCCGAACCGCGCCGCCCUGCUCGCGUACCCGGAUUACAUCCGGCAGGGUUCCGACGGUGGGCUGGGCUUCGUCUACUGCGACGGCGAGGCCCCGCCGGUCGUCGUCGAUUUCUUCCAGGUCACGGCGGAGUUCGACGCCUAUAUCGAUGCCGGGAGCGUGGCGGGCGUGACGCCGGCGGCGGCGGAUGCGGAGGCGGUCAGGAUGGCGGAUGCGCAGAGUUUGCGGGUCGAUACGCAGGAUAUGCUCAUCGUGGCCCAUUAG